AUGAUAAAGACUCAUAAACCACGAGGUUACAUCUGGACCUGUCCCUCACAUUUCCAGCAAUCCAAGGAGAUAAGAAACAUCCAAUAUGACGAUUGUACUCCGGCAUUCGCUUCGGCCAUAUGUCCGGAGUCUGAUGACGAGCUCUCAGCUCAGGAACGAGUAGCAAAGCGACGGAGGAUUGAGAAGCUUGCGGAUGACUAUCUCAAUGGCCAGCCGCUGUUCAUCUCAUCCGCAAGGCCUCAUCCUGUGACACUAAGACAUCUCGUGGAAGGCAACGAACGGAGUCGGUUUGAGCAGAAGUACACUCUGCCCACGGCCGAGGAACUGAAAGAUGCAGUCCUUGAAGGAGAGUCCACAAAGUCUCGCGCGACGAUCAAAGAGACUUCCCGAAUAUCUAGGCCCCAGCAAAGAUCUCGAAGGCCGUUCAGACAGGUUGUUGAGCAGACCGUUACAGAAGAGCGCGCCACAUCCGCUUGCAAGCAGUUCCGACAGUUCAAGCCUAUCAAAGUAUCACUCGAGCCCAGCACAGAAGCUGUCAAGCAAGCUGCAGCACUACGUGAUCGAAGACUACGCCGCGCAGUAUCCGAAGUACCACUUCCUGUCACUCGUACCUCAUCGGACAUUAUUUCCGACUCGGACAAUGUAGAGCCAUGCAGCGAGCCUGGCUCUGUAGCACAACAACGGGCUAUGUACAGCCGGGAGCAGCCGGGUACGGAGUGGCUACUGCGCAGGCAGACGAAGCUAUUCGAGCUCAGCGCAGAUGCCAGCUUUGAUGAGCUCAAUCGAUCGAGCUUAGACAUUUCUACUAGCCCGAGCCAAGCACCUAACCCAGUUCUCAAAGCGCACGGUAUGAUGUUGGACAGCAAUGCUCCUCAUAGUUCUGCAGAUCCAAUCACUGGCCCUGGUCCCAGGGCCUUGGCCGUGCCGAAGCCUGUAAACAGUGGAAGGACAUCGCUCCUCGGCAGCUAUGUCGAACACUGGGAGUGCUACGGCGCGAGUGGGAUCUCAGACAGGAUCCCAGACUGCAGUAUUCAGCCUCAUCAAAUCGCGGAGCGCUAUCAUACUGCACCUGAACCAGCCAGUGACCGAGAUGUAGCAGCAGAUGACAGCCAGAGCAAGUUGCUCCGGCAACACGGCUUGUCGCCUACCAGUCGUACUUCACGGGUUUCAACAAACCAGGCCCAGGUCGAAUGGCUCACGACGGAAGUUGACAGUACGACUGCGUCACCUGGAGCUGAGAUUAGACGACUGGUACAGGCGUCUGCUAAGAAAGCUGGAAAAGUCCCCAAAACGACCCGAGCCAAGUCAUCUGGCAACAAUAAACCUCCGGGGCAAUCACGAGCCACUCGAAGACGCUCAGCACCCAGUACAUCGCAAGCUGGUCCCAGUACGGAAGUCGAAGAAGACAGUAUCCAAUAUGAGACCAGCCGGACCGGAUCGAGAGCAUAUAAGAUUGCAGAGGACGACGGCACGCCUUUCAUGUUCCGCAAACGAGUGGCCAGAGAUGAGGCCAGUGGGCUAGAAGAGUCGAAGGACGUCCCACACAAGACAAGCAUGCGGCGUGCGGUGAAGUUUCCAUCAUCAGAAGAUACGCCCGAGGCUGCACACGAGAGCAAGAACCCUGUCACACCAAGAGUAGAAAUCUCCUCUGGAGGCGACUCGUCCGCUUCUAAGCUCAGCCUUGCUCUCGCUGAUGUACAUCUCAACACUCUUCUACCUGACGCGCCACUGUCAGCGGGCCGCUCUUCAGCUAUCAAGCAAGCCAUUAGGCAAGAAUUCAAGGACGCGGAUGCUGACGUAAAGAUCACACGUGUGACCGAUGAGCCGGCCUCGUCUCAGGUUGAAGGUCUUAGCGAAGCUCGGAAACUCUCGCUCAGUUCUGUCGGUGCACUUCUCCAUCACGAGGACGAUGAGCAAGCCAGCGCACAGGCAAUCGUCGAGAACCUGAACAAUGAAGACGCGAGGGCUGUAGUUAGCGAUGUUGUCGGACAGUCGUCGCCGCAAACUCAGUGGCUUGGUACGCAAGCUAUGCUUGCCCAGGCCCACCGGGAUUUCUUCGACUCGCCAUUGAAACGACUAGGUGACAAGGACAGCCUCGAUUACAAAACGCCGGAUGCGAGCUUCGCCUUCCCUGGCUCCGCCCCGCCUACUGUGCAUCGCGAGAUCCUCCCUCAGAUGUCGCCAGAGCUAGCUCCUCUGCCAAGCACGCAAGCGAUUAUGGGCGCCUGGUCACCCUGGUCAACAAUCAAGAAGCCACGCACGAGACUGAGCGAGAAAGCAGCGGUCUUGCCUACAGUCACGACGCUCCCCGGAUUCGCAGAGACCGAUGGCAGCUUCCACAAUCACGCAGGUAACGAUGCACGCCGGCGCAGUAGUCCCCGCUUCUCUGCUUCAGCUACAAACUCGUCGGCGUCCUCCACGCGGAUAUCAUUCAGUGUGACUAAGCCGGUGUCACAGGAGCACGCUCAGGAGAAGUCGAGGGCUAGCGUAGAGACACCCAAGUCAAUAGUGGAACGCAGCCAAAGCCGACAGGGGAGCUCUUUUGCAGACUCGGUUGUGAUAGCAAAGGAGAGUGUGUUUGACACGAGUGCGGGACACACACUGUCUAGCUCGCAGCACGCACAGCUUCUAUUCCGGGAGGACUCGAACGUGGACGAUACUAUAACUGAGAUGACUACUGAGGUACUGUGUACGUAG